GCCAUGUUAUCGAGGGGAAACGAAUCAAGUCGUCGGCGCUUCUUGGCUAGGAGAAGAUCAACCACAAGACGUUUGAAACUCCGCCAUCACCGCUAAAUCAAACCUCCAUCUUUUAUAUUCGUUAGCUUUGAAGUCGUAGUGUCACCGGCCGGCGAAGCUGCUGGCCGAAACGUUUUUUUUUUAGCGUUUUCCAUUGGUUUGAAGGCCGAAACGGCUGCCAUGGAUUUUUAAGGCAUAAUGCGGCACCUCUAAUGCAAUGCAUAAUGCAAGGCAAAAUCAACUGCGAAAUUCAAUUUUCGCGACUGCUAAGCAGUUGGGCUCAAAUACCGUCCGCGGUAUACCUGCGAGCCAACCGGUACCGCUGCUCCUGGACCGGAGGAAGCUAACGCUAGCUAGUCACCUUAGCUAAUAAACAACACCAACUGAAAGAGAGAUUCAUCGAUUCAUCUGAACGUCAACACUAAAAUUAAUUUAAAAAAAAUGAAGCCUCAAGACAUCAUCGCCGGGGAAGCCAGCCUGUGGGUCUUCGGGUACGGGUCUCUGGUGUGGAAGCCUGACUUCAAGUACAGGAGGAGCCAGGUCGGCUACAUUCAAGGCUACAAGAGACGUUUCUGGCACGGAGACAACUUCCACCGCGGCAACGAGGAGUUGCCUGGAAGAGUGGUGACGCUGAUUGAAGACGAUGACGAGAGCACUUGGGGCGUGGCGUUCGAGGUGACGGGAAGUGAAGUCGAAGAGUCCCUGAAGUACCUCAACCUCCGCGAGACUGUCUGCGGGGGCUACAUCACCAAGAUGGUGGAUUUCUUCCCCGAGGGGGAGGAACGGCCUCCGGUUCAGGCGCUGGUGUACAUCGCCACCACGGGGAACGCCCUGUACCUGGGGCCGGCCAGCCCGGAGAUGAUUGGCGUCCAGAUCGCUGUGUGCAGGGGGAAGACGGGCCACAACAUGGAGUAUCUGCUCCGGCUGGCCGAGUUCAUGAGGAGCAGCUGCCCGCACGUGGAAGACCAUCACCUGUUCUCCAUCGAGGCAGCAGCGCUGACCGUGGUGUCCUACCUGUUAGCAGCCCAGUAGCUCGUACCCUUUGUCUCACUACCUUAUAUAGUGGAUACAUACACACACACACACACACAGACAGAGGCUUUUCACAUAUCAUGCCAGUCCACCUGUGUUUAAUGUUGUGAAAUCUUAACUUUACACUUCCAUCCAGUGUACUUGAAUCCAUUGAAUGCUACUAUGAUAAUAAAAGGGAAGCAUGAUGUUAGGUGUUUGGUUAUUUUCCUGAUGCAUGACCUCAUGGUCGCAUUGUAAUGUGCAUAUUUGUACAUCACUUACAAAAUGUAUGAUGACUGGGUUUGUCCUUUUCUGUAAACAUUUGUGCAGUUCUGUUUUUUUUUUUUUUUUUUAAAGGCACAUUAACAUUAUUUGCACAGUUCAAGUUCCGUCCAAUCCAGACAGUACAGCAAGUAAUUGUGGUUGCUCCUAUUUGCAAUUCACCAAAAGGAUGCUGUGAUAAUGUGUGGUGGUUUUUUUUUUUUUGUUUUUUUUAAAAGCACACCUGUUUUAAACAGUUGUUUGUGGCAAUGUUUUCAUCCAGCAGCAAACUCCAAUAAAAAGUUAAAAGAA